AUGUUGGAGGCGCUACUGCAUAUCUCCAUCAACGUACCACCUGUCGGUGAAGCACAGGAACCUGUUAAAGAAGCUGUUUGAGGCCUGGAGCAACGCAAAGAAAAGAAGGAAACUCCCGCCAUCUGCAAAUCCAGGUGGCACUUCUUCUGGAAACUUGCAGAGUGAAGUUCAAGCCAUUCUUGCGGACUCUGCUGUCCAAACCGAUAUCCAGGCCAAGGAAGAUGAAAAAGUUGAAGAAGCAAGUGUGCAAGCAGAGGUGGAAGCUGCUGUUGAAGCUUUUAAACUUGCAGACCACCAAGCAAGUUAUGAUUUGGAUGAUUCUGCUUUUGAAAGUGAAGAUGAAUACUAA